AUGUUAACUAAUAGGAGAAGGAGUAAUCCUUCUUUUGUUGGUAGCACCGGCGGCGGCGGAGGUAGAAAAGAUAGACUGCAGCUACCUCUAAGUCAAGUGUUUAGUAUCUUAAUAUUGAUGUGUUUCUAUGUAUCCACUAGCAGCGGUAUUUCACCACCAAAGACCAAUCAAUUGUCACUCGAUUGUCAUGAUCUAGGUUUCACAGACUCACUUCUAUGCUCAUCUUGCAAAGAUCUCGAAGGUUUUGUAGGUGAUGCCAAUUCCGCUGUAAUCGAAGAAUGCAAAAAGUGUUGUUCACUCGAAGCAACCCAACAAAAGUUAGGUGCCUUCCCAAGUGUUAAGGAUUUCAUUGACAACAAGAGCAAGAAUUUCAAUAAAGUAUCAGUUAAUUAUGUAAGUGGUGCUUCUCCAGUCAUUGAACUCACAGACACUGAAGGAAAGGUCGAAAAAAUCAAAAAGAGAAUUGUAGAAUAUUGUAGGAGGUGUACUUUCCAUUUAGAAUCAGUGUUUAGUUGGUCAGCCAUCAGUCCUUCUCCAUUGGUUUCUAUGUUGUAUUGUUUAUUUGUGGUUUAUUCCGAUCAAACUUAA